AUGGAGGGCAUCCGCGUGUUCAUCCCGGACGAGAAGCUCGUGUGGGUGCCGGCCACCGUCCUCUCCGUGGACGCGAGCGGCAAGGUCUUCUGCGUGCGUGUGCAGCCGCUGGCCUCCUCCCCCUCCUCCUCGGACUAUGAGGCCGACGCGCCCGCCGAGGAGCGCACCAUCGACCUGAACGACGACGGCAUGCCCGACUCGCUGCCGCUGCAGAACGGCCCGCACGAGGGCGACGAGGAGGACGCAAAGGCCAAGCACGCGGGCGUCGGCGCCGAGGACAUGUGCGAGCUGGGCCACCUGCACGAGCCCGCCAUCGUGUACAACGUGCGCGAGCGCUUCUUCGCCAAGGAGCCGUACACGUACACGGGCAAGAUCGUCGUGGCCGUGAACCCGUACCAGUGGAUCAAGGAGAACUACUCGGAGGAGCUGCGCGACCUGUACACGCAGCGGCCGUGGGACGAGAUGCCGCCGCACGUGUACGCCACGAGCGCCGAGGCCUUCCACCACAUGAAGCAGCACCGCAUCCCGCAGAGCAUCCUCGUGAGCGGCGAGAGCGGCGCCGGCAAGACCGAGACCGUCAAGAUCAUGAUGGAGCACCUGGCCAGCAUCUCCAUGGGCAUCGCCAAGCGGCUGCACCCCGCCGAGAGCGGCGAGACCAUCGUGGUGGAGAAGGUGCUCAAGAGCAACCCGCUGCUCGAAGCCUUCGGCAACGCCAAGACCAUCCGCAACGACAACUCGAGUCGCUUCGGCAAGUUCACGCAGCUGCAGUUCAACAGCGACUACUGCCUCGUGGGCGCCGAGUGCAGGCACUACUUGCUCGAGAAGUCCCGCGUCGUGGCCCAGGCGGCGGGCGAGCGCAACUACCACAUCUUCUACCAGCUCGUGAGCGCCAAGGAGGACGUCUUCGGCUUCACGGAAGACUCGUCGGCCAAGGAGUUCCGAUACCUGCAGGACGAGAAGCUUAUUCUGGACGGUCAGACGGACCUGGAGCGCUACCAGGUGACCCGCGACGCGCUGACCACUAUCGGGCUCAGCGACAAGGAGCAGAACGAGCUCUUCAGCGCUCUGUGCGGCAUCUUGCGUUUGGGUCAGCUCGACUUUGUCCCGCUCGAGUCCAACAAGGACGACGCCAGCCAGGCCGUUGCUGCCGCUUCGGCGUCCGACUCAGUCUCAGCCGAGCAGAUCGACCAGCAGAAGAUCGAAAUCGAGCAGUGCGCCAAGCUCCUGGGCGUGGAGGUUGCUGCACUGAGCAAGCAGCUCUGCAGUCGCACGGUCAAGGCGCGACAGGAGGUGUACUGCGUGCCGCUGUCGGCUCUGCAUGCUGGCAACAACCGUGAUGCUCUGGCCAAGGAAAUCUAUGCGCGCGUGUUCGGCUACUUGGUGCGCCGUGUGAACCACAGUAUUUCGAACUCGGCCGACAGAGGUGCGUCGACGCCGUCGUAUCUGCACAUUGACCUGCUGGAUAUCUUCGGCUUCGAGUCCUUCAAGCACAACAGCUUCGAGCAGUUCUGCAUUAACUUUGCCAACGAAAAGCUGCAGCAGAAGUUCACAUUGGAUGUGUUCAAGACGGUUCAGGAAGAGUACCAGCAGGAGGGUGUCGCGUGGGAGUUUGUCAAGUACCGCGAUAACCAAGAUAUGCUUGACCUGCUGGAGAACUCGAUGGGCGUGAUGGCACUGCUGAAUGAAGAGUGUGUCCGCCCCAUGGGCAGCGAUCUAUCGUUCGUAUCGAAGCUGGUAUCACUACGAGAGUCACAUCCUCGUCUUGAGCGAGCCCGCUUGAGUCAGAUGCACUUCAUGCUGCACCACUACGCGGGACCUGUAACGUACGACGCAGAGGGCUUCGUUGAGAAGAACAAGGACUCACUCCAGACUGAUCUGCUGGAGCUGCUUGGCACGAGCUCGAACGGCUUGAUGUCGAUGGUAUUCAGCGAUGACGACAACACUGCUUUCAUGACGGACGCAGACCUGGCUGUCCGUGCCGCUACCAUGAUGGAGGGUGGUCGGCGUAGCACUGUCAGUCGGAAGACGUCCACGUUCAUGCAGGAAACGGUGAGCUACAAGUUCAAGGCGCAGUUGUCACUGCUGAUGAGCGACAUCUCCAGCACUGAAGUUCACUACGUACGCUGCAUCAAGCCCAACUCGGAGAAGAGCCCCAACAGCUAUGAAAUCGACGCAGUUGUGAGCCAGCUUCGGUGUGCUGGUGUUGUUGAAGCUAUUCGUAUUACACGAGCGGCGUUCCCGAACAAGAUGGCGCACGAGAAGUUCUUGCGCCGAUUCGUGAUGAUGCGAAGCAAAAAGAAUGCGAGUGCUGCACCAGCAUCUACGACUGUGACUGAGGCAUGCGAACAGCUAGCCAAGGAACUGCUGAGUGGAGACGACUUUGCGAAAACGCAAGAGGGUAGCGAGCAUUCCAGAACGCCAACUUUCGUGGUUGGUAAGAGCCUGGUCUACUUCGGUAAGGACGUUCUCGAGUUCCUGGAGCACAGGCGCACUACGUUUGUGCAUGAGCGAGCGAUUGUGAUUCAGCAGACUGCUCGCCGGUGGAUGGCUCGGCGAAGGAUCAAGAAGGUCCGGACUAUGAUCUCAAAUAUUCAGGCUCUUCACCGUUGUCGGAUGCAACGACGCUCGUUCCUGGAGAAGCGCAGGAAGUGCAUUGUUGUGCAGAGCGUGUGGCGUGGAGUCCGUUCACGUCAGCGCGUGUAUUUGCUGAUGAAGGAGAAGAGCGCGAUUAAGGUGCAGACUGCUUACCGUAAGUACCUCUCCGAAAAGAAGUACGCAACGUUCCGCAAUGCUGUCAUCAAGAUCCAGAGUACGCUGAAGAUGAAGAAGCAGGUGGGCAAGUACCACAAACUUUUGUCCGAACGAAAAGAGCAGGAUGCCAUGGAAACUGAAGUUGAGCUGCUCAAGCACCGCCUGGAAGAUGAAAAGCGUGCGCGCAUGGAAAUUGAGGCGGAGAACUCAUCGCUUCAGCAAGAGCUGAACCAGGUUCGGAGUUCCUCUGUACCUAGCGCGGACAGCAGCAUUUAUGAGAGCGAAGGACCGCCUAAUUUCCGAAACAGCAGCAUGCGGUUAAGCAGGAUAGAGCGCGAGUCUAUGGAUGACGGCAAGCUGCUUGAUGACUCGGAGCGCAUGAUCGAUUACUUGCGCAAGGAGGUCACCAAGGGCCGUGAGCUCAUUCAACUGUUGUCCCAGGAGAAUGAAAAUCUGAAGGCGGAAAACAAGAAGAUUAAGGAUGCGUACACGGCAGCCGGCGCGUCUUUCGCUGCGCUAAAUCAGCACAACAAGCAGCAGUCGAAGGCCAACCUUCGGCUCAUGAGCACCCACGCUGCUUUGAUCAAGUCCCAGGAGGAGAAGAUGAAGAAGUACAAGAAGCAGGUGGCAGAAUUGAAGGAGGACCUGCGCAUGCAGCGCUCCGUGUACUCGGCGGAGCUUAAGGCCCGUGUGCAGCAGCAGGAAGUUCUGGUGGACAUCAUCAACCUAGCGGAGUCCGACGGCGUUUCCGAAGACUUGCUGGAACGCAUGCGGGCAAUGGCGGUUGACUCGAAGCCGUCGUAUGAGAACGGAAGGCGUAGCAGCGAGUACACUCGUCCACCUACGGGUCGUCGCUCCUCGACUGCCAGCUCAAGGACGGGAAGGGAAAGCGAGUAUCGCGAUAAACGCUCGGACACAGCGACUUCGCUGGGAACUGUGCCAGUGUCGGUGGCCGUCGGCUCGAACCCCACGCGCAACGAACGUCGUGCGACUCUAGAUACGAUUAUGAACAACCCGGUGCCGCAAGGAGUGUCGCCUCAGGGCGAGGGAAUUAGCCCUCCUGAUCGUGGCAGUCUCAACCGGAGCAGUGUGUACUCAGACGAUGGCCACCGCAAGUCGCGCAUCGGAGGCAUGUUCAAGAAAAUGUUCAAGAAGGACGAAUAG